AUUAUUUUGAACUCAAUGCACAAAUACCAACCACGAUUUCAUGUGAUCUUCGUGCCACAACAAGAACAUUUUCCGACCUGCUUAGCUCUAUCAAGACCAGGGGAUAUUUUACAGGAAGAAGUGGUGCAAAAUCUUGGCCGAUUGGUGAAAACUUUCCUCUUUCCUGAAACAAAAUUCUUUGCGGUCACCGCCUAUCAAAACCAUCGAAUUACACAGUUGAAGAUUUCGAGUAAUCCAUUUGCUAAAGGCUUUCGGGACUGUGAUCCAGACGAAUGGUACCAGAUAUGA